AUGACCACAGUUUGUACUGUUCUCGCUUUUGCCUCAAUCAAUCAGUGGCACCUUCAACAAUUAGACAUCAAUAACGAUUUUCUUCAUGGUGAUCUUUCAGAAUAUGUAUACAUGGACAUCCCACCUGGCUUGCCUGAUUCCUUAGGAACACAAUUUGUGAGGAGUGUGGAUGCUUCUGAAUACAUGAAGACUGGUCAGAAGAUCUUUGAGCUUUUGGAUAGCUUUGUUGAGGAGAUUGGAGAAAAGAAUGUUAUUCAAGUGGUGACGGACAAUGGAAGUAAUUAUGUAAAACAAGUCAUGAGACCAAGAAUAUUUUGGACUCCAUGUGCUGCACAUUGUCUUGACUUGAUGCUAGAAGAUAUUGAAAAGAUCCCAAAAGUAAAAAGGGUUAUACAAAGAGGCAUCAAGCUUGUAGGCUACAUUUACAACCAUACAUUGGCUUUGAACACCAUGAGGAAAUUCACACAAAAAACUGAAUUGGUGAGACAUGGAGUUACAAGAUUUGCUACCACUUUCUUAACUUUGCAAAGAUUGCAUAAGCAAAAGGCCAAUCUUAGAAGGUUGUUUACUUCAGAUGAAUGGUUGAAGUCUAAGGUAGCUAAAGAGCCCAAGGGGAAGCAAGCAACAGAUGUUAUUCUUAUUCCAUCAUUUUGGAAUGAUGUUGUUUAUGCUUUAAAAGCUAUGAGGCCUCUUGUAAGUGUGUUGAGGUUGGUGGAUAAUGAAAAGAAACCUGCAAUGGGUUUCAUUUAUGAAGCAAUGGAUAGGGCCAAAAAAGCAAUUCAAAGAGCUUUCAAUAACAAUGAAGGGAAGUAUAAGGAUAUCCUUGCAAUCAUUGAUAAAAGAUGGGAUUGCCAACUUCACCACCCUUUGCAUGCAGGGGUUGAAGUUCACAAACAAUUGGUAGUGUAUAAAAGGGCUAGAGAGAGGUUUGGUAUGACUGCAGCAGUGAAAGCAAGGACUGAAAUAUCUCCUGCUCAUCAGGAUGUGAGCAUUCACUCAAAGAAGAGAAGUAGGCUUGAGCACCAAAAGCUUCAAGAUUUGGUUUAUGUUAAGUAUAACCAAGCUCUUCUAGAUCGCUUUGAGUGUCAUGAUGUGAUUGAUCCUAUUGCUUUAAAUGAUAAUGAUGAUAGCAAUGAGUGGUUAUUGGGAGAAUCGGAAGGAGAAGAAGCUGGUAAUGAUUUGGAUUUUGAUGAUGAUGAUGAUUUGAAUUGGUUAGAUGUUGCUGAGGCAACUGGGGCUGAAAGAUAUUAUAAUAACGGUCAUCCCGCGCUAUCCGUUAUCCCAAUUUUGGGGUGGGCCGCACUGCUCCGCUACGCCCGUCUUGACAACUAUGCAAAACCAACUGGCCAAUGUGCUUUCAAAGAAUGGGGUGGCUAG